AUGUCUCCAAAUCCCGAUGGCAACAUCAGAAAACACCAAUUCGACACCCUCAUCAUCGCAACGACAUUUAAGCAUCAUUCGCAAUUGGUUUCACCAACCCUCAAGUACGGCACGAUUGACGACGACGAGACUCGCUUCAAGUUCCUCGACCGCGCUUACGAGCUCGGAGCUACGUUCUGGGACACUGCAGAUGUGUAUGGAGAUAGCGAAGACCUAAUUGGGAAGUGGUUCAAGCGGACGGGGAAGCGCGAUGAGAUAUUUCUCGUCACCAAGGCGAUGAAGGCCAGAACCAUCGACAGCACACCCGAAUACUGCCUUGAAGCCUGCGGGCAGAGCCUGAAGAAGUUCGGCGUCGAUUACAUCGACCUCUACUACGCCCACAGAAUCGACGGCGUAACACCCAUCGAAAAAACCAUGGAGCCGGAAAAAUCCUCCGCCACCACCAUCCGCCGCACCCACGCCAUCCACCCCCUCUCCUGCGUACAAAUGGAAUAUUCCCCCUUCAGCAUGGACAUCGAGUCCCCCAGCACCGACACCCUGCGCACCUGCCGCGAGCUGCGGGUUUCUAUCGUAGCACAAUCGCGCAUAGACCGACGCGCAUCGGCCUCCCGACGACUUCGAAGUUGGCGACGUACGGUGCGCGUCUCCGCGGUUUGCGCCGGAGAACUUUGCCAGGAAUCUGGAGAUGGUGGACGCCCUGCGGGAGGUGGCGGGGAGGGAGGGCGUGAGUGUGGGACAGCUGACGCUGGCGUGGUUGUUGGCGCAGGGGGGGGGCAUAUUGCCGAUUCCUGGGAUGAGGAGGCUGCGAAUGAGCGUUGGAGGGGGAAUGGGUGA